UUCUAUUAUUAAUUUCUAGGGUUCAAUUUCUUCUUCCUCUUCUUUGUUCCUUCGACACGAUUAAACCACCUUUUCAUGGUUAGACGCUAUUACCGAUCACCAAGCCCUACUUACACAAUUUUCAUGCUCAGAGCUCAAAUUUGGUCGCGCUCUUGUCAGAUGGAACCGGUUCCUUCUUCAAUUCCAGAUUUUGUUGAUUCUAGACAAGGAAACGACACUGGUGAUGCUGCAGAAGCGGAGGGCUUUAUGCAUCGUGUUGACGAGAUCUCAGUUCAGAUAGAUAAGCUUGAGAAGCGAGUGAUUGAAAUUGAACAAUUCUAUUUGGCUAGAGGUGAUGCCCAGCAGAAUAUUUCAAAAGCUAGUUCAACUUUGAAGGAUAAGGACAAGGAAAAACAUAUAACCAGUAUCAGGAAGCAACAGCAAGACUCCUCACGCAGGGAAGGAGCGGCUGCAAAGAGAAUGCAAGAGCUUAUGCGUCAGUUUGCUACAAUUUUCCGUCAGAUCAGUCAACACAAGUGGGCAUGGCCCUUUUUGGACCCUGUUGAUGUUGAAGGUCUUGGCUUACAUGACUAUUACGAGGUUAUUGACAAACCAAUGGAUUUUAGUACAAUUAAAAACAAAAUGGAAGCCAAAGAUGGUUCUGGGUACAAGAAUGUCCGUGAAAUAUAUGCUGAUGUGAGAUUGGUUUUUAAGAAUGCAAUGAGAUAUAACGAUGAAAAGAACGAUGUUCAUGUGAUGGCAAAAACCUUGCUGGAAAAAUUUGAAGAGAAGUGGCUGCAGCUUUUGCCCAAAGUUGCCGAGGAGGAAAAAAGAAAAGUGGAGGAGGAAGUCGAGUUUCAGUUUGAUAUGCAGCAUGCACAGGAGGCAACUUACGCUAACAUGGCAAGAGAUAUAAGCAAUGAGGCAACUCUUUGGCUUGAAAAGGCUGUAGACACGCCAAAUGUUCACUUUCUUAGACACGCCAAAGGUGAUUUUGGGAUUAGCAGAUUAGUAACAAGUGAAAUCUUUAUGGUUGGGUUCUUGAACGCAACCCCAUCAGUACUUAGGGCAAGAGGAAUGUUGUAAUGGUUCCCAUUGGUAAAUAAAAGAGGUUGGCGUGUUUAUUGGGAGAUGAUUCAUACUGCCUUAUGUAAGAGUUCUUUAGGCAGGAUUGUGCUGCACGAAGUUUUGGAUUGAAGACCAACAAUUGACUAGUUAGGGAGAGGAAGUUUUCUUUGGAGACCAUUAUACCAAGGAUUUUUCAGGGAACACUGUCAAUUGAUGACUUUCCAAAUUCUAUUGAUCUAAAAAGAAUAUUGUAGGUGAUAAAAGACGAAGGAUUUUCUAUGAUACAAGAGUAAGAAUUACAAAUGAAUUUAAUCUCUCAUCAGUUUCAAGGAAUUAUUAGACUUCAGAAGGAGAUACCAUGGUUAAUUUAAAUGUCGAUAUGAAUGUUCCUCUGGUUGAUAAUGAGUUUUUGAGUCACAGUUCUGCUUACGUCCAAGGAUCGACUCUAUUCUCAGAUGGGAAGACAAAAAUUAUGAGAGAAGGGGAAAAGUUGGCUAAUGAUUCUCUCUCCGAUUUCCAAUGGGAAAAAAUUAAUCCAGACAGAGAAUGUUGCAUUAAUUGAAGGAAGUCUGCUUGGAAAGGAAACUUUGCGCCCGCCUAUAGAUGUCCCAACUGCCGUUAACUUUUCUCAUAAAUCAAAGGAGGCUUUAUCUGAUGUAGGGCCCACGUUUAAGGCAACGGUUGAAGAGUUUUCCUCGGUUUUUGACACUUGAGAAAAUCAGAGCAUUAAGGAAGUAAAAGACCGUUUUAUUAAUGCAUAUUCGGAAUUUUAUACUAGGAAAGUCUUCAAGCCUUUUGCAUUUCAAGGUCCCUGAUCUAUCCUCAUUUAAUGAUGAUGUUAUUGAAGAAUCAUGCUCCAACCUUUUGAUUCAAUCAACUGAUGAUACAAACUCUAAGGCCUCAACUCAGUUUUUAGAAGCCAAUCAGUGUAAUAUUAGCCCUGCAGGAUCUCAUUUUGUUAUUGAA